CCGUCUUCCUUUCGACCUUAUAUGGAUCCCCUAUUAUCCAAGCAGUAAGGCCGGCAAUGAGAAAAUAAAAAAGAAGGGCUCAGUCUUGGGAAAGGUCUUCUUGGCCUGAUAGAUAGAAUGUUUAAGGCCUCUUAGACUUUGCUUAAAGAGGCGGGUCUAUCCUAUAGUUGAAGGAUGUCUUACUUUCUUCCUAAAGUAGCUUCCUACUACGACUCGGACGGAGGAAGACGGAUUUCGAGGGGCAGGCUUUCCUGUCCUCCCUUACACGGGGCUCUCUCCCCAAGCAAAGAGAAAUGCGGUACCGGCUGCGAUCACACGCUGGGCGCAAAUCCGAGAAUCUUAUGCUUCAGCUUAAACGGGGCAAAAGUGGCUAUCUGGCACAUUAGGGAGGAGGUCUCAUCUGAGGAAGGCGGAUGAUAGGAUAGCUCCAUUUUAUUCAAAGGACUAACGACCCCCUCUUCUAAUAGCCAAACCUGUUAUCCUUCCCUCUCUUUCUCUCGGGAUUCUACAUGACACCAACUGCUAUGAAUAUCUCUAUUUCAAGACGAAUACCUUUUUCUAGGGUUGGUGUGGCUGGCUAUGACCUUCUGGGCCUCAGACUGAAUGGAUAAGAGUUGGCUCCUUUGGUCAGACUAUCCCAUGCUUUGUCUGGAGGGGCCUCAUUUAGGAGCGCUCUUUUCAAAAAACUAGAAAUCUCGUA